UACAGUCCUACUGAGGUGAAAGUUCAGUCAGUGCGCCUUGUAAAAUGGCGGCUGAGUUGACCAGAGAGUGGAGCGAUGAGCAGCUCAAAAGUGAUGAUCUACCCAAAAAAGACGUAAUUAAGUUCAUUCAGGACAAUGCUGCCCACUCGUUUCUUGCAGAACACAAGUUGCUGGGAAAUAUAAAGAAUGUUGCUAAAACGGCCAAGAAAGAGCAACUCAUUAUUGCCUACAAUGAUUUGUUCGAGAGCAAGAGGUUUUUAGGUUCAGAACCCAUUGAAGAUGUGACGGAACAUACAAAAACUUUGAAGAUUGAAGACAAGCCCAAAGAAGUUGUGGAAGUCCUGGAUGAGGGUCCUCCGAAGUUUUUUAAGUCUGUACUGAAGAAAGGAGACAAGACGAACUUCCCUAAGAAGGGUGACAACGUCAGCUGUUGGUACACUGGCUCCCUGGAGGACGGCACAGUUUUUGACACCAACAUCCCUGCAACUGCCAGAAAGAAGAAACAGAGCAAGCCACUGAGCUUCAAAGUGGGCUUGGGCAGAGUCAUUAGAGGGUGGGAUGAAGGCAUCCUAACAAUGAGCAAAGGCGAGACCGCGAAACUGGAGAUUGAACCCGAAUGGGCCUACGGAAAGAAAGGACUUCCUGACUCAAAAAUCCCACCCAACGCAAAGCUGAUUUUUGAAGUCGAGCUGGUGGCUGUCGAUUAAAGGCAGAAACCUUCCCAGCAUGCACUUGUCUCUGAAACACGGUGGCUGCUAGAUGGCCAUGCUUGGAAGAACAGAAGUAGCUUUCGUUGUCAGAACUUUGAAGAAAGAAUCUGUAAUAUGUUGUCUUAAUUUACUUUAAAGGUUUGUCUGGUUGUUUUUAAAUCUUUUUCUGCAUUAGCCGAGUUCUUGAGCAUUGUCUCUGUUGUAUGAAGCAGGAAGAGAUUCGAUAGCUGUUUAGGGUUACUUGUGGUGAUUUGAAAUGGUGCCAUACUUUUGUUCUUUCUAGCAUGGCCAGAUAGUGCUGACCGGGCAACACUGUACAGAUGGGUCAUCCUUCCUGACCACAGCUACCACAGAGGAAAGCCUCUUUUCAGGAUGUUCAGUUUUAUUCCUGUUUUUUUUUUUUGUUUUCUUUGUUCUUUUGCAUGUGUAAUGUUCUUGUAAAGAAUUAUUAAACAAAUUUGACACUAAAA